ACAUUCUCAUUUCUCUCUCUUUCUCACUAACAAAGAACAAAAAUGGUUUUGGUAAUAAAAGCUCUCAAAUAUCUCUUACUCCUUUCUAUCUCCUUGACUUUCAUCUACACCAAUGAAGUGUCAUCCACUUCUCCGGUGACGACUCCACCGUCUUCGCCGGUGAAGAUGAGCCGGAGACUUGUGGCAGUUGAAGGCAUGGUUUAUUGCAAGUCUUGCAAGUAUUCCGGCGUCGAUACUCUCUUGGAAGCAUCUCCUCUUCAAGGAGCGACGGUAAAGCUUGCAUGCAACAACACAAAGAGAGGUGUGACAAUGGACAAAACAGACAAAAACGGAUACUUCUUCAUGUUAGCCCCCAAAAAACUCACGACCUACGCUUUCCACACGUGCCGGGCUUGGCCCACGAAUCCCGGACCCACGACUGCAACGAUGACAUGCACCGUCCCGUCAAAGCUCAACAAUGGAAUCACUGGUGCUAUGCUUAAGCCUUCUAAAACAAUCAACAUCGGUGAACACGACUACGUUCUCUUCUCUGUUGGUCCCUUCGCGUUUGAGCCUGCCUGUACUCGUUGAAGACUAGAAUUUCGUUUUAUGUAUUUGUGUGUGGUUGAUUGUUAUAAUGAUGAUCACUAUCUAGUGUUUUUAAUGAUGUGUCUUGUUUGUUUUCUUGGUACGUUUCUAUUUAAAAUUUGUGUGUGUUGACAUUUUAAGAUCGUUACUGUGUUUGUAGUAAUUAGUAUUAUUUGUGGGGUUUAUGUUUUGUAUUAAAUCUUUCUGUGUGUGAA